UAAUGAAAUGGGAGCAAUUCUCUUGAAUUCAAAACAUUAAGUAUGCAACGAGUGAAAUUUAUUGGGAAAAAUGUAAGGUCUAGCAAACCAUUGAUGCUAUUAACAGAUCAAACCAUUUCAUAUUAUCAAAAAGUAAAAUUUUCAGCUCAUUUUAUCCACGGAAUAGUCUAAGUUUAACAUUUCCAAGAAUAUGAACAUUUUCGUGUUUUAUAUAUAAAAGCCUUUAAUUCACCUUGUUCAUUGUCAAUCAGUGUAACCAUCGCCUAAACAACAGUAUUAACUAAUUUAUUCAGUUUAAGUGAACAGUUCAGCUAAAAUGAACAACUUUAUUGAUUUAUCCACACCUCAAUGGAUUAUUCUUGGUACAAUAAGUUUCAUUAGCUGGUAUUUUUUCUAUGUUAAGCGUAAACGAUCGUUCUGGGAACGACAAGGUGUCAAAGGACCAGAGCCUCCUUCCAUGAUUCCGAGUAUUUUAACUAAAAGUUCACUGAAACCUAAACCGAAACCAUUGACGAAAGUUUAUCUUGAAGGUGUCGAAACUUAUGGAAAAAUUUAUGGAACUUAUGAUGGUGUAGAUCCAACGUUGGUCUUGUCUGAGCCAGAUUUACUUCGAGCUGUUUGCGUUAAAGAUUUUCACAGUUUCCCUCAAGGAUUUAACCAAGUUUUCGUCGCUUCAAUUGAACGAAAUUUCCUAACAGUUUUAUAUGGCGAAAAAUGGAAACGCUUAAGAAGUAUACUUACGCCAACCUUUUCAUCGGGAAAGAUCAAGAAAAUGUUUUACUUGAUUAAACUUUGUAAUGAUGAAGCUCAAAAACAGCUGCUCAAAUUGGCUUCUUCGAGUAAACCAGACUUGAAUCCUCCACAAUUUUGGAGUGCAUACAAUUUAGAUGUUAUAGCAAAGUGCUGUUUCGCUACAAAUUUAGACGUUUACAACAGUGAGGGUAACAAGUUACUUGAAGUCUUCAACUCAACGUUUUCUAGGAACAAGUAUAAGCAUCUCUUCAUGGCGUUGGCUCCUAAAUGGUUAGUUCGACUUCUCGACAUGAGUUCAGUUUCAGUUGAACAUAUAACUAUUCUUAAACAAUUAACUCUCGCUAUCAUUGAACAACGGAAACAAGGUAAAGACAAAGUCGAUGAUUUUCUUCAAUUGAUGCUCGAAUCUGAAGCGGAUACCCAAGAUGGUGAAAAGUUAAAGGAUGAAGACAAGAAGUUGACUCCAGAUGAGAUCGUCUGUUCGUGCAUCCUUUUCCUAUUAGCCGGUCAUGAAACGACAUCAACCCUGUUGACCUGGGCCUGUUAUAGACUUGCUACCAAUCCAGAUAUCCAAGAAAGGUUGUAUCAAGAGGUUUCACAGGCUAACAUUGAAGAUUACGAAGUUUUACAAAGUCUUUCUUACUUGGAUGCUGUGAUACAGGAAACAUUGCGAAUGGAUCCUCCAAUUUUAUUGUUUCAACGUGUUUGCCAUUCUGAUACCACUCUACCAGGUAUUAAUGUUCAAAUUGAGAAAGGCACACCAGUCAAUAUACCGAUAUAUGCAAUACACCAUGAUCCAGAGAACUAUCCUGAACCAGAAGUUUUCGAUCCAAACAGAUUUCUACAAGGCUCACCCAAACCAUUUACUUUCUUACCAUUUGGUGCUGGACCUAGAACUUGCAUCGGAAUGAGAUUUGCUCUAACAAAUGCAAAGCUUUCAUUGGCUACGUUUGUUCGUAGCUUCCAAGUUUUUACUUCAGAUAAAUAUGCAAAUCAAAUUGACCCAAUGCCUGGAUCUUUGAUUAAUAGACCUAUGUCUAUGCUUUUGGGAGUCAAAACAAGAUCAUGAUGAUAUGAAUUGAAACCAAAGUAAUACCAAAAGUAUUCAGAGUUUAUAAAUAUAAUAAUAUUGUAUUGUUUUCUGUGAAGUAAGUGAAAUUGAUCUGUAGCUAUUAGCUAAUUGUUAAAAUGUAAUAUGAACCAAUAAACAUGAAAAUAAUUAUUAAUUACA